CCAACCGCCGAACAAAAGGGAAGAAGAAGAAGAAGAAGAAUAGCAGCGGAUGUGUAGAGGAUGUGGUGAGUGUGAUGGAAGGAAGAUGACAGCAGCUGCUGCUCGGUUCUUUCUCAAUUUCCGUUCAGCUCUCCGUCCUUCGGUUCGGAGCGGAGCUACCAGAGGAAUCCGAACCGGAACUCCAGGUGUGUCCGGGCUACCGUAGACUGAAGAUGGCCCAACUGUCCGCGCCUGCUAGGAAGCUGAUGCGGAGCGGAGACAGCAGGAAGACGGUGAUCUGUGUUGAGGGGAACAUCGCCAGCGGGAAGACGACGUGUCUGGAUUAUUUCCUCAAUACGAGCAACAUCCAGGUCCUGACAGAACCAGUGUCCAAAUGGAGGAACGUCCGUGGACACAAUCUUCUGGCCCUGAUGUACCAGGAUCCUCAGCGCUGGGGAAUCUCUUUGCAGACUUAUAUUCAGCUCACCAUGCUGGAUAAACACCUUUCAGCCAUGACUGCUCCGGUCACCAUGAUGGAGAGGUCGAUCUUCAGCGCCAAGCACAUCUUCGUGGAGAAUCUCUAUCAGAGUGGAAAAAUGCCAGAGGUGGAUUACAUUGUUCUGAGCGAGUGGUUCGAUUGGAUCACCGCAAACGUUUCCCUCCCUGUCGACCUGAUUGUUUACCUGCAGACGUCUCCUCAGACCUGCCAUGAGAGGCUGAAGCAGCGAUGCAGAGAGGAGGAGAUGGUCAUUCCACUGGAGCAUCUGGAGUUCAUCCACCAGCUGCAUGAAGACUGGCUUAUUAAGGGCAGCUCCGCUCCGGUUCCUGCUCCUGUUCUGGUGAUUCCUGCCGACUAUGACCUCCAGAAGAUGCUGCACAAGUAUGAGGAGCACCGGGAGAAGAUUCUAACAGCUACCAACUCUUGAUGCACGCACACACACACACACACACACACACAUCCCGAUGAGUUUGUUACUACAGCUUAAACUCUCUAGAUGUUUGGACAUUUUUAUUUAGGAUUUUUUCCAACACUGGAUAACUUUGGACCAAUAAGCGAAGCUGCUUAUUUAUACAUGAGGACAUACAGUAUAUGAUGCUUCUCUGCUAAAAAUGUGAAAAUUACAGUGGAAUCAAUUCAUUUUGACAACAUUUUAUUGCAAGAGCAUAAGGUCAGUAAAAAACUGUAAAAAUGUCUCGGCUUAAACUCCAGGGUCUUACUUUGGGAAGUCAUGGUUACGAACUAGAAGUUUAUUGAAAUUCUGAUAAGCUGAAAAAGUGUAAUUAAAAAAAAUUUCUAUGACAUUAAUAAUUACGAGAUUGUUAAGACUGUGGUUUUGCUACUUUUGUUUGGCACUGUAUUCAUUUUGAAGUUAUGCUGCUGUAAUAAAAUGUGAGUCAUUUAAGACUUUCUGCACGUCUUUACCAGCGGAGCAGACAGUUUGUUUGUUCUUGUGGAUCAUCAUUAAUGUUUAUUUGAAAAAAAAUAAAAAAUUCUGUUUUGAGUGGAAAACCUUCAAACACACACAUAACCUCAGCUUGUGUCAAACAUUCCCCCUGAAACAGCUUUUUGAAUUAAAAUGUUUUUAAAAUCCUAAA